AUGCCUUUAGAGGUUGCCAUCAUAGGAGGAGGCAUUGCCGGCCUCACGCUCGCAGCGGCUCUUCAGCACAACCCGAACCUUCGAGUCAAUAUAUACGAACGGGCGACCGAGCUCAAAGAGAUAGGAGCUGUCAUCGGGCUGGCUCCCAAUGCACUACGGACGCUGGAGAAAAUCGGGGUCGCCGACGUCCUGACGGAUGCAGUGGGCUGGCGCAAUCCGAACGGCAUUCCAAUGACAUUUGCCCAUUACAAGACCGGGGAAGUCAUCAGCCGAGAUUUCUUUCGAAACGUACCGGAUCGCCGUCAUCACUUUGCGCGGAUGCAUCGAGCCAGGCUGCAGCAGGGUCUUCUCAAGCAUGUUGCACCACAUGUCAUACAUCUGGGCAAGAAGGUUGCGUCCGUGGCUGCUCAUCGUGACCAAGGGGCCACGGUGACCUUCAGCGAUGGCAGUACCAUCAACACCGACGUCGUUAUUGGGGCCGAUGGAAUCAAAUCGAAAGUGAGGCAGUCUUUCGUGCCAAACCAUACGUUGUCAUGGACGGGGGAUGUGGUGUUCCGCACUGUAUUCAACUACUCUCUGGUCGAAGAUAUUCCCAAUCUUCCUCAGAACUCUACGCAUUUUACUAACGGGCUGGAUUUCUUCUUUGCCACGAGAGCGGGGUCUGAUCAAUAUGCGGUCACGGCCACCUUUAUCGUCGACCCCAGAACAGAUCACCAGUACAGCGAAACCGACUGGAACAAAAGUGCCAGUGUGGACACUCUCCGCGAACGCUACGCAAGCUGGAAUUCACUGGUCUUAGCAAUCAUCGACCGCAUCCCAUGGGUGCGUUCAUACACCAAUAUAGCCGGCCGAGUACUUGACCAGUGGAGUUUCGAAGAUCGAGUCACUCUGCUCGGCGAUGCCGCUCACACUCAUGGAGGAGCCUUCGCUGCGGGUGCCGCCUUGGCCAUCGACGACGCCUAUGCGCUAAGUCUGGCUUUUGAAGAGGUCUUCCCGUCGAGCGGUGGAAUCGUUCCACAGAAGUCUGUCCCCGAUCAGCUUCUUCGCGUUUUUGACUUGUACGAGGCCGUCCGAAAACCACAUUCUUCGAAACUUUUAGCCAUUGUUGAAGCGCACCGCCGCAACAAUCUCUCUCAAUUGGCCAAGAGGCGCAGCGGACACGGCGAGACCGACGAGGAAUUCAGGAAAAGAUACACGGCCCGCAUGGACGCCACAUGGUUGGCGGAACAUGACGUUGAAGCCACCUUUCGAAAACAUGUCGAGGUGGGAAAUGUCGCAGGGAAAGGAAAUAGUGCCACUGUCGAAGAGAAGAUCACAACAGUGCCAGGGAAGGUCAUUGUUGAAAUCACCGAGGCCGAAGUUCACGUUCCGGCCAGGGCAACAUUGUGA